AAUCAGGGGACAGGUGGAGAAAGGAGAAAGAUGCCUAAACCAAUCAAUGUGCGCGUCACCACCAUGGACGCUGAGCUGGAGUUUGCCAUCCAGCCCAACACCACAGGCAAACAGCUCUUUGACCAGGUGGUGAAGACGGUGGGUUUGAGGGAGGUCUGGUUCUUCGGCCUCCAGUACACAGACAGUAAAGGUUACGUGACGUGGCUCAAACUCAACAAAAAGGUGACCCAGCAGGAUGUGAAGAAGGAGAAUCCGCUACAGUUCAAGUUCAGAGCAAAGUUCUUCCCAGAGGAUGUUUCCGAGGAGCUGAUCCAGGAGAUCACACAGAAGCUCUUCUUCCUGCAGGUGAAGGAGGCCAUUUUAAACGAUGAGAACUACUGUCCCCCGGAGACGGCCGUGCUGCUGGCGUCCUACGCUGUCCAGGCCAAGUAUGGAGAUUACAACAAAGAUGGUCACAAGCCGGGCUACCUGGCCUCCGACCGGCUACUGCCACAACGAGUUCUGGAGCAACACAAGCUGACAAAGGAACAGUGGGAGGACAGAAUACAGACCUGGCAUGAGGAACACAGAAGCAUGCUCAGGGAGGACGCCAUGAUGGAGUAUCUGAAGAUCGCUCAGGACCUGGAGAUGUAUGGUGUCAACUACUUUGAAAUAAAAAACAAGAAAGGCACGGAGCUGUGGCUCGGGGUCGACGCGCUGGGGCUUAACAUCUAUGAGCAUGAAGACAAGUUGUCACCAAAGAUCGGCUUCCCCUGGAGCGAAAUCAGAAACAUCUCCUUCAACGACAAGAAGUUUGUCAUUAAGCCCAUUGAUAAGAAAGCUCCAGAUUUUGUGUUUUACGCCCCUCGGUUGCGCAUCAACAAGCGCAUCCUGGCGUUAUGUAUGGGGAACCAUGAGCUGUACAUGAGGAGGAGGAAGCCCGACACCAUCGAGGUGCAGCAGAUGAAGGCUCAGGCCCGAGAGGAAAAACACCACAAACAGAUGGAGAGAGCGCAGCUGGAGAACGAGAAGAAGAAGCGAGAGCACGCGGAGAGGGAAAAGGAGCGAAUAGAGAGAGAGAAGGAGGAGCUGAUCCAGAGGUUGAGGCAGAUCGAGGAGCAGACACACAGAGCUCAGAAAGAGCUGGAGGAUCAGACUCGCAAAGCACUUGAGUUGGAUCAGGAGCGGAAGCGAGCGAAGGAGGAGGCCGAGCGCUUGGAGAAGGAGAGGCAGGCGGCGGAGGAGGCCAAGGCGUCGCUGGCUCAGCAGGCGGCCGACCAGAUGAAGAACCACGAACAACUGGCUGCUGAACUAGCAGAGUUCACUGCUAAAAUUGCUCUGCUUGAGGAGGCAAAGAGGAAAAAAGAAGAGGAAGCAACAGAGUGGCAACACAAAGCUCUAUCAGCACAAGAAGACCUGGAAAAGACCCGGGAGGAGCUGAAGACAGCCAUGACGUCUCCACCGGCGCCAGAGAACGACGAACAAGACGAAACUAACGCCGAGGCGAGCGCCGAGCUGCUCAGCGACGGCGUCACCAGCCACCGCAGCGAGGAGGAACGCAUCACUGAGGCGCAGAAGAACGAACGUGUCAAGAAACAGCUACAGGCUCUGAGUUCCGAGUUGGCCGAGGCCCGUGACGACACAAAGAAAACCCAGAACGACAUGCUGCACGCCGAGAACGUCAGGGCAGGAAGAGACAAGUACAAAACCCUGCGCCAGAUUCGCCAGGGUAACACCAAGCAGCGCAUCGACGAGUUUGAGUCCAUGUGA